CGGCUUUACCGGGCUCUACCUGCGUGUCAUUCAUAAGAAAAGACGGUGCUGUGUAAGGGGCAUUUACAGUCACUGUAAUUAUUUCACCGUAAACAUGGCGGGUUACCUUAAAGCUCUGACGACCGUGUCCAGAUGUGCGGCCGCUGCGCUGUCGCCAAACCCCGCGGUGCUCUCACCGGCCGCCGUCUGCCAGCACCAGCUGCAACAGAGGAACUAUGCCACAAAGCGCAUCAAGGUGGACCAGCCGGUGGUGGAGAUGGAUGGAGACGAGAUGACUCGCAUCAUAUGGGAGUUCAUCAAAGAGAAGCUCAUCCUGUCCAAUGUUGAUGUUGAGCUGAAGUACUACGACCUGGGUCUGCCCUACCGUGACCAGACAGAUGACCAGGUCACCAUUGACUCUGCUCUGGCAACUAAAAAGUACAAUGUGGCUGUGAAGUGUGCCACCAUCACACCUGACGAGGCUCGAGUGGAGGCGUUUAAGCUAAAGAAGAUGUGGAAGAGUCCUAAUGGAACCAUCAGGAACAUCUUGGGUGGCACAGUUUUCCGCGAGCCAAUCCUUUGUAAAAACAUCCCUCGUCUCGUUCCCGGUUGGACACAGCCCAUAACAAUUGGCAGACAUGCUUUUGGCGAUCAGUACAGGGCCACAGACUUUGUUGUUGACCAACCUGGCAAGUUCAAGAUGGUGUUUGCUCCAGCUGACGGAAGCAAGCAGAAAGAGUGGGAGGUGUACGACUUUCCCUCAGGAGGCUGUGGGAUGGGAAUGUACAACACUGAUGAGUCCAUCAGUGGAUUUGCUCACAGCUGCUUCCAGUAUGCCAUCCAGAAAAGGUGGCCUCUGUACAUGAGCACCAAGAACACCAUCCUCAAGGCCUACGACGGACGCUUCAAAGACAUUUUCCAGGACAUCUUCGAGGCGAAGUACAAGCCAGAGUUUGACAAGCUGAAGAUCUGGUAUGAACACCGUCUCAUUGACGACAUGGUGGCUCAGGUCCUGAAGUCUUCUGGAGGAUUUGUUUGGGCCUGCAAGAAUUAUGAUGGAGACGUGCAGUCAGACAUCCUGGCUCAGGGUUUUGGUUCUCUUGGUCUCAUGACAUCAGUGCUAGUGUGUCCUGAUGGAAAGACUAUCGAGGCUGAAGCUGCACAUGGCACCGUCACCAGGCACUACCGUGAACACCAGAGGGGAAGACCAACCAGUACCAACCCCAUCGCAAGCAUCUUUGCCUGGACCAGAGGACUGGAGCACAGAGGCAAACUGGACGGAAAUCCUGAUUUGAUCAAGUUCUCCCAGACAUUAGAACAAGUCUGUGUGGCAACUGUGGAAAACGGCGUGAUGACCAAGGACCUCGCAGGCUGCAUCCAUGGCUUGGCCAACUGCAAGCUGAACGAACAUUAUGUCAACACAUCGGACUUCCUGGAUGCCAUCAAGACCAACUUGGACAAAGCUCUUAGAAAAUAAGGACCAAAUGAAAGACACCCUUGCCAAUGGACUUACCCUGUUUUUAGCUCAUUUUUACCCUACAUUUGUAUGAAUCUUUGUAUACAAUUUCGAAGGAAUUGAGUUUGCUAUUUUCAGUGCCAAUUUUUGUAUUUGUAUGGCUCACUGACACAUACAUGUGUCCAUGUUCCUCAGUUUUGUAUUGCACAAUUGAGUGAUUUUAAUGUAUGAAUUAAUAUUAAUGCUAAUGUUAACUUAUAAGGGCCAUCUUACAGAAUUUUCAGUCUUUCAUAUUUAAUUACAAUGUAUAUUCAGGGAAAACUGUGUAUAAACACAGACAAAAAUGCUAACCACUUAAUAACAUGCAUUGUAUGGA